ACCGAGAAUUAGGCAAGAAAAACGCUCGAAAAAGAAACAAAGAAAAGAAGAUCGAUUAAGCGACAAUCAAGGUCGUCAUCUCUAACCCUAACCCUCAAUUACAGUUUAGACCUCUCUUUCUCUCUUUAAACUCAUCCAUUUCCGCAUUUCAUCGAAAAAGUUCACAAAAACACACAAUUUGGAAUUUCCAUCAUUUCAAUUUGACUUCCAAAUUAGAACUUAGAAGUGAGAGAAAAAGAUUUUGAUCAAAUUUAAUCUUUCGACGACAUUGGAAACUUGAUUUUCCAAAAAUUCUUAAGAGUGGAUGUUGAACUGCACAAAUUUUCAUGAUUCUGUAUUUUGGAACAAGAUUACAUCAAUGUCCGAACAAUGUGAUGAUGUUUACUCCCACAAAGUAUUUGCGCUAUAUUGUUAGUUCAAUUCAAGUAAAAGAGCUCAGUUGCAGUUGCAAGAGCAGGAGAAGGGGUUGGUCAAUUAGGAGCAGUGCAGAUGGCAGAGGAUUCGAUCCUCUCAGUGGCACUGGUGAUGGAAGAACUCGAUUACUCAAAGCGAUUCAGACUCUACAGAUCCGGUUAAAUGCAAGGAUUCGGGAUUUCCGGAAAGAUCUUCCUAGGAAGUUUUUCUUUUUCUUGGUGGGAUUCUAUUGUGCAACUGCAUUUGCUACUGUGAUUGGACAAACAGGUGACUGGGACAUUCUGUCUGCUGCCGUGGCCGUCGCUGUGGUGGAGGGUAUUGGAGCUCUUAUGUACAAAGUUUCUGUACCUUUGCUUGACAGGAGCAGGAACCUUAUUGCCAUAUUUAACUACUGGAAAGCUGGACUUACAAUGGGUCUUUUCUUGGAUUCAUUCAAGUAUUAAGGUAUCAAGUCCUGACUUUAUUUGAGGGCAGAAACUUGGAUUGUUGGAAAUGAGGUAGCCUUAGACGCACCUGGAAUGAUGUAAAUUGUAUUUGAUACAAGUGAAAGUUUCUAUAUGGCUUUGUUUGGGUCGGAUUCAUUCUUGAAGAGAUCAUUGUAUGCCAGGUUCUACUUGUAAAGAGUACAGUCGACUAACAAAAUUUUACACAGCACCUGCCUUGUUCAUCGAAGCUCGUAGUAUCCUGAUGCAAAAUGUGAAAUUUGGCAGGAGAUGCUGAUACGAAGUUCAGCAGCAAGCAUGUAUAGCAUACACAAAUUCAUUUUGGAACUUAUGUACGUCCUUUCAUUUUAGUUGGCUACAGUUACUAUUCAUAUGGUCAAAUGUUGAAAACUCUCAUCGUAUUUUUUCAUUUCUAUGGAAAAGAUUUAUAAGAAAAAGAAUAUUGCCAUA